AUGCGCGGCCAAGGAUGUGCUAAUGAACACUCAGUGCUUGAGUUAGAAAAAUUUCGCGGUGGCGAAUUCGUUAUUGAAGAUGAGGGAGGUCGCAAACGUCCUUCUGCUAUCGAUGAUUUCGGAGCAUUUAAAAAGCUGAAAACUCGACAAAUGCUUUACACCGGUUUCGUCAUUGUGCUUCCGUUGGUGAUUUGCCAACUUUUCACACAGCCUGUUGCUUAUUAUCAUAUUCCUCUCUUAUCAGCCUCCGCCGAUUCACAAUACGUCUACGGAGAGACGCCUCUUUAUGAGUUAGUCUACCACCCGAGUUUUACACAGUCGGCCUAUGUUCCGCAGGUGCCUUAUGGGCAGUACGGGCAACCGAUGUAUCAGCAUCUACAGUAUCCUGUAUAUCAGAAUGGUCUUUCACCAGUGCUCUCACUGCCUCGUCAAACCACAUCUGUUGUGGACUACGCGAGUUAUAUGAGCCUGAUCAACGAUAAAGAGAAUUUUCAGACGUCUGGCUGCGGAUGGGACGCGACGCUGGUGAAGUGCACGGACACGUUGGGUCUGUGCAAGGGUGGCUGUCGCGACUUCGCAGUCUCCGCUUCGGCUCCUCUCCAUGAUUGCAGGUACGAUCCGUCACUGAUUUACGCAAAUGCUGCAUGA